CAUAUGUAAAUGUUUUUGGUAUCAGAUCAUGUUUUUGUGAAAUUUUGAAAUGCAGCGUUAUAAAAGAGCAAGACAAUGUAGAAAACAGUAUCACAAGUUAUCUUUUAUUCUUUGAAGACACUAAACAAUAUUGUAACAAAUAUGAAACUUUUCUUGUGCUUGGUGGUAUUGGCGUUUGCGGCAGUCAACGCAGAGACUCCGGAAGCAGAGGCCUCCCAGGCUAAAUCUGUCAUUCUCGUACAAUCGGCGCCACAACGCUUGAAGCCAAAACCAUCAGUGGCUCCAUACAAGCCACUACCUCUUAAAAUUGUGAAGCCAAAAGUAGUUCGUAUAUCAGUUCAACCACAACCAUUGAGACCAAAGCCAACAUUAGCUCCAUACAAACCCAAAGCAAUUAAGGUUGUUCCAGUUCCAACUCCAGCACGCAAGCCCGCUAAUAUCCAAAAAGGCGCUGGAGCGUGGUGGGGAUAAAUCUUAGAUAAUGUCCGGAAUACGGAAUAUAAUGUUUUAAGAUACAUGCAUACAUAUGAAAGUAUAUAAAGAAUUCCAUUUUUUAAAUUAAAAUAUAUAAUUUUUUGCAAUUAA